CCCUAACUUCCCUCUCACUCUCAAAAUCUUUGCCUUUUCUUCUUCGCUUCAUUUCAAUUCCUGUCUCCUUGUUUUUCUCCACCUCUUCUACACACUUUCUCUCUUUCCAAUUGUCUUUCGGAUCAGAUUUAAGUUCUUGAACCAUGGCUACUACAUAUACGCCUAAGAACAUCCUCAUUACUGGGGCUGCUGGUUUCAUUGCUUCCCAUGUUUGCAACCGGCUCAUUCGUAACUACCCAGAUUACAAAAUUGUAGUGCUUGACAAGCUUGAUUAUUGUUCAAAUCUGAAAAAUCUCCUUCCCUCAAAAGCAUCUGCAAACUUUAAGUUUGUUAAGGGGGAUAUCGGCAGUGCUGACCUUGUCAACUUUCUCCUCAUCACCGAGUCCAUUGACACUAUAAUGCACUUUGCAGCCCAAACCCAUGUUGAUAACUCUUUCGGCAACAGUUUUGAGUUUACCAAGAACAACAUCUAUGGUACUCAUGUCCUUCUUGAAGCCUGCAAAGUGACUGGCCAGAUUCGGAGGUUCAUCCAUGUGAGCACAGAUGAGGUCUAUGGAGAGACUGACGAGGAUGCUGUUGUGGGGAACCAUGAAGCUUCCCAACUCCUGCCAACAAACCCAUACUCUGCUACUAAAGCUGGAGCAGAAAUGCUUGUUAUGGCAUAUGGUAGGUCAUAUGGGCUACCUGUGAUUACGACCCGUGGGAACAAUGUUUAUGGACCCAAUCAGUUCCCUGAAAAGUUAAUUCCAAAGUUUAUCCUCUUGGCCAUGAGAGGAUUGCCUCUUCCAAUUCACGGUGAUGGUUCCAAUGUUAGAAGUUAUUUAUACUGUGAGGAUGUUGCUGAGGCUUUUGAAGUCAUCCUUCACAAGGGAGAAGUUGGCCAUGUUUACAAUAUCGGGACAAAGAAGGAAAGGAGAGUGAUUGAUGUGGCGAAAGAUAUAUGCAAACUCUUCUCAAUGGACCCAGAGUCAAGCAUCAAGUUUGUAGAAAAUAGACCAUUUAAUGAUCAGAGGUACUUCCUUGAUGACGAGAAGCUGAAGAUCUUGGGAUGGUCAGAGCGAACUACAUGGCAAGAGGGUUUGAGGAAGACUAUAGAAUGGUACACUCAGAAUCCUGAAUGGUGGGGUGAUGUCUCUGGUGCAUUGCUUCCUCAUCCAAGAAUGCUGAUGAUGCCGGGUGGAAGACAUUUUGAUGGGUCAGAUGAGAGCAAAUCUACAUCUUACGUCUCAAAUAAUAGUAAUCAGACACGGAUGGUUGUUCCAACUCCCAAAGCCUGUAGCUCUCCCCGAAAGCCAUCCUUGAAGUUUUUGAUCUAUGGUAGAACUGGCUGGAUUGGAGGUUUUCUAGGGAAGUUGUGCGAGAAGCAGGGUAUUGCUUAUGAAUAUGGAAAAGGACGUUUGGAGGAUCGUUCAUCUCUCAUAGCUGACAUUCAGAGUGUUAAACCAACUCAUGUUCUCAAUGCUGCUGGUGUAACUGGUAGACCCAAUGUUGAUUGGUGUGAAUCUCAUAAAACUGAAACCAUUCGUGCCAAUGUUGCUGGAACAUUGACCUUAGCAGAUGUUACCCGAGAGCAUGGGAUCUUGAUGUUGAAUUUUGCCACUGGGUGUAUAUUUGAGUAUGAUGCUGGUCAUCCGGAGGGUUCUGGCAUUGGGUUUAAAGAGGAAGACAAACCCAAUUUUAUUGGUUCUUUCUAUUCAAAAACCAAAGCCAUGGUUGAAGAGCUCUUGAAAGAAUACGACAAUGUUUGCACUCUCAGAGUCCGAAUGCCAAUUUCAUCUGACCUCAACAAUCCACGCAACUUCAUCACCAAGAUUUCUCGCUAUAAUAAGGUGGUUAACAUUCCCAACAGCAUGACUGUUUUGGAUGAACUUCUUCCCAUCGCAAUCGAGAUGGCAAAGCGUAACUUGAGGGGUAUAUGGAACUUCACAAACCCUGGUGUUGUCAGCCACAAUGAAAUCCUGGAGAUGUACAAGGCUUACAUAAACCCCGAGUUUAAGUGGGCAAAUUUCACCCUAGAAGAGCAAGCCAAGGUGAUCGUCGCUCCUCGAAGCAAUAACGAGAUGGAUGCUUCCAAGUUGAAGAACGAGUUCCCGGAGUUGCUAUCCAUCAAGGAAUCGUUGAUCAAGUAUGUUUUCGAGCCUAACAAGAGAACCUAAGCAGCAUUUUACCUAACACGGCUUGCCAGUAUCUUAGUAAUGAUAAUUGGUUUUACUCGUGUUCCCUGAUAGCUUAUGAAAUUACCUUCUACGGCACUAGAUAUCAUUAUUUUUCUUUGUAACAAAAUAUGGUUAGUGUACCUUUUCUAGAAUAAGAAGCAGCUUUAAAUAGGUUCUCUAUAUUUUCAUGUUAUCUGCUAGAUUGCAGGGGUGUACUUUUUGCAUUCUGUUUGAUGAUUAUUAUUGCUUGUUUGAUUUUUUCAAUCUUUAUGUACUCUUGAUCUUAAUUAA